AUGGACGAGCAGCGCCUCCACAAGGCCUUCAGCUGCAUCCGGUGUUUUGAGAGAAAGGUGAAAUGCGACAAGCAGAGCCCGUGCUCAAAUUGUGUCAAGUCCAACAUUGAAUGCAUCUUCCGAGUGCCGCCCGCACCACGCCGGCGGAGGAAACGAACACAGGAGGAUUUGUUACUCGCCCGUCUCAAAAAGUGCGAGGAACUCCUCAAGAGCAAAGGCAUCGAUAUCGACAAUCCCGACACAGUUCCCGGCCCUGCGUCGCUCGAAAGCCCUCCUCUCACACAACCGGGUUCGCAGCCACUGAGUCCUGAAGUAUCCAGCACGGCUGCCGGCGAGGAUCUUAUCUUCGCCGCGCCCGAGAUCAGAAAAUCCGGCCGAUUGAUCGUCGACCAGGGCAAGUCCCUGUUCAUCGAGAACAAUCUGUGGGCCAGUCUCUCGGACGAGUUUCAACAGCCCAAUGAAGCCAUCGCCGAAUACUCCGAGGACGACGAGGACGAUGCCGGUACCCCUGUGGAGGAGAGCACCGAGUUCAUUCUCGGCUACACGCCGACGAGCAACUUCAUCCACCAAUUCCAUCCGUCUCCAACCAAUAUAUUUGUACUGUGGCAAAUAUACCUGGACAACAUCAACCCGAUGACCAAAUUCAUCCACUAUCCGUCAUUUCACAAGACUCUCGAGCAAGCCUGCAGGCAGCUCGACAAUCUGCCCCGAGGCCUGGAAGCGCUGUUAUUCGCCAUCUACGGCGCGGCAGUCUACACGAUUGACGACGACGAGUGUGAGACGAGACUCGGUGAGCCCCGAAAGAUGUUGCUGGCGCGAUACCGGCAUGCCACCAGGAAAGCGCUUGCCCGGGCGAGGUUCAUGAACACCUCGGAGCUGGUGGUGCUGCAAGCGCUAUCGCUCUACCUGUUCUCCAUGCGCGAGAACUACGACCCGCGGACGAACUGGACGUUGGCAGGAAUUGCCGUCCGCGUCGCCCAAGGCAUGGGUCUCCACCGCGACGGCACAGGUCUGGGGCUGUCUAUUUUUGAGACGGAAAUGCGCCGCCGCCUGUGGUGGCAGAUCGUCGUGCUGGAGGGCCGCUCCGCCGAGCUCAGCGGUUCAGGGCGAUUCGGCGACCUCUCCUUGUCCGACGUUCUGGCCCCGACCAACGUGAACGAUGAAGACCUCCACCCGGACAUGACGGAACCGCCGGUCCCGCAAACAAGGCCGACCGAGAUGAUAUCGUGUCUGCUCCGAAUCGAACUUACCAUCUUCUUCCUGGAGAAGCAACGCCAAAAACCGAGCAUUGACAUCGAGAGCUUGCGGCUAUCCACGCCAUGGAAGAGCUCCCUGGAAGAGCGCGACGCGACGAUGGACGAGUUGGAACAGCGCCUCGAAGACAAAUUCCUCAAGUACUGCGAUCCGUCGGUGCCCAUCCAGUUCAUGUCCAUCAUCAUCGGCCGAGGCGCCAUCAACAUGAUGCGCCUGAUGGCCCACCAUCCACGCAAGUGGGGCUACCAGGAGCAACUGCCGCCGCCGGAACGGGACUACCUGUGGAACGUGUCCGUGAAGCUCCUCGAAGGCACGAACAUGGCACACUCGGCCAAACAACUACAGAGAUUCAUGUGGCAUACCCGCGUGCACUUUGUGUGGCAAGCCCUCAUUUUCGUCCUCAACGACCUCAAGCAGUCCACGCUGGGACCAGAGGCGGAUAGGGCAUGGUCAGCGGUGGACGAGAUCUACCGGCACCAUCCGUACUUUGUGACGGACUACAAGCGGCCCUUGCACGUCGCAGUGGGGAGCUUAUGCUUGAAGGCGUACGCCGCGCGGGAGAAGGCCCUCCGGGCAAGCACCAACGGUGUCUUCCCCAAGGUCAUCCCGGAGUAUAUCCAGCAGCUGCGCGAGCAGCGUGAGACCGGACCGCUCCAGCGCGCCAAAGCCACCUCGUCGAAGAUGCGCCCUGGCAACAAUGCGGCAGAAGAGGCCACCAACGAUCCCGGGAGCACCGAUAGCCAGUGUCAAGCCACACUGGGGUGGGAGAGCAUCUCCCCGCCACCGGCGCAACCAACGCCCGGUGCCAGUAACCUCUUCGCUGCGGACGUGGGAUACAGCACGUCCAACGCAAGCAGCCAGCUCCCCUUGCCUGCGUUUCAGCCCAUCCCGCCACCACUGGUUGGCGACGGCAUCUUUGCAUCCGAACACAGCUUGGCGCACGAUUUGGCGCUGGCAGACGUCCAACUGGAUUGGGCGCAGUGGGACUAUAUCAUGCAGGAUAUGGGGGAGAUCCCUUGA